AUGCGUAAAACAAGUCGCCCUAGAACACUUCCCCUCAUAUCCUCUCAAUGUCAUCCCGACAACUCACUCCCGUACUGUGCAACGUGUCUCCUAUACCACUCGCUAUGGCCUCUUCCACCCGUCGCUGUCCAUCAGAACUCCCCUCUUCCUCCGGCCCGAUUCCCCAUGGGUAGAGAUGGCCUGCAUAGGAUGGCAACAAGGCCAUCGGAUGCCGAACUAUUUGCCGACACACCAAUCCCCAGAGGUCUCUCAACUUAUAGCCCAUGGCUAUACUCCUAUACACACCUGAUCUGA